AUGUCAGCAAGGCCUUUUCCGGAGCAUAAGUUAUUGGGCGUUGCAGCGGUGCUGCUGUGUUCCCAGAGCCUGCCUGCCUGCAGACGAGCUGGUGCUGCAGUGACCAACGCGGCAGCCAUGACCACGACCACGACCAAGACGAUGGGGAGGAGAGGAGGAGCUGCGGCCAUUGGAGCGGCGCUGCUGUUCUUGGCCGCCGCCUCCCUGGGGGUUCAUGCCAACACCGACUCAAACGAUGUGACAGCCCUCAAUGUCUUCUAUACAACAAUGAACCACCCACCCCAGCUGAAAAACUGGGUGUCACAAAAUGGAGAUCCCUGCGGGCAGUCGUGGCAGGGGAUCACUUGCUCGGGUUCCAGAGUGACAGCAAUAAACUUACCGGGCAUGAGUCUUAACGGGACUUUGGGAUACAAUAUGAACCUACUGACUGCACUAGUGCAGCUUGAUAUGAGCAAUAAUAAUCUUGGAGGCAGUGACAUUCCCUAUAAUCUUCCUCCAAAUCUCGAGAAAAUAAAUCUUGCUGGAAAUCACUUCACUGGAACCACACCAUACUCUAUUUCCCAAAUGGUCGCACUUAAGGAUUUAAAUCUUGCUCAUAACCAGCUCUCAACCAUCAGUGAUAUGUUUAACCAGCUCACCAACCUAACAACAAUGGAUAUCUCAUUCAACACAUUUUCUGGUAAUAUUCCACAAAGCUUCAACUCUAUAACAAGUUUGAAAACACUUUAUCUGCAGAACAACCAAUUCAGUGGUACGAUAGAUGUCCUUGCCAAUCUUCCUCUCGCUGACUUAAAUGUCGCGAACAACCAAUUCACCGGCUGGGUCCCUGAUAAGCUAAAGAAAAUAAGGAGUCUACAGACAACUGGAAACUCAUUUAGCAAUGGUCCCGCGCCACCACCCCCACCAGCUACAAAUCCAACGCCAACGCCAACGCCUCAACGUCCUGCUCUUCCAAGUAGUAAUGACAACAAUGGCCCAUCCGACAGUGGCAGCAAACACUCCAAACUACAAGGUGGUGCAAUAGCAGGAAUUGUUAUAUGUUUGCUGGUUCUUGGUGCAAUGUUUGCAUUCUUUGUGAUCAAGAGGAAAUCUUGGAAGUUGUCACGAGGACGAGACCCCGAACAGAAGGAACCUCUCAGUCCCAUUGCUUCAGGAUUUAAACAGAUGAAGUCCAUCAAGAUCAUCUCAACAACUGGCAAGGAUCAAUUUCACAAGACUGUUUCAAUGAGCUUAAAACCUCCGACAAAAAUUGACUUGCACAAGUCCUUCGAUGAAAAUGAUCUCACAACCAAGUCUGUUACAAGGAAGAUAAGUUUGUCUUCCAUCAAAAUACCUGCAUACACAGUUGCAGACCUACAGAUAGCAACAGGAAGCUUCAGUGCUGACCAUUUCAUCAGUGAGGGAUCAUUUGGACGUGUUUUCAGAGCACAAUUCAACGAUCAGAAGGUCCUGGCUGUAAAGAAAAUCAACUUUUCUUCAUUCCCAGGCUAUCCUUCUGAUUUGUUCAUUGAGUUGGUUGCAAAUAUUUCAAGGCUAAAUCAUCCAAACCUUGCUGAGUUAGUUGGCUACUGUUCAGAGCAUGGGCAGUGCUUGUUGGCAUAUGAAUUCUAUCAAAAUGGUUCUCUGUGUGACUUACUUAACCUGGUGGAUGAUCAAAGCAAACCGCUGUCCUGGAAUAGCCGUGUAAAGAUUGCUCUUGGAUCUGCAAGGGCAUUAGAAUACCUACAUGAAACAUGUUCGCCAUCUGUGAUCCACAAGAAUUUCAAGUCAUCAAACAUUUUACUGGAUAAUGAGCUGAACCCCCACCUUUCGGAUUCUGGUUAUGGAGAUCUUAUUCCUAACCAGGAAUUCCAGCAAUCAGAAGAAAACUCAGGAUAUAGGGCACCUGAGGUAGCCAUGUCUGGCCAAUACUCACUGAAGAGCGAUGUAUAUAGCUUCGGAGUAGUCAUGUUAGAGCUCCUCACUGGCCGCAAACCUUUCGACAGGUCCCGACCACGGUCCGAGCAGUCGCUGGUCCGAUGGGCCGCCCCGCAGCUGCACGACAUCGACGCGCUGGACCAGAUGGUCGAUCCGGCGCUCCAGGGGCUGUACCAUUCCAAGUCCCUGUCCCGCUUCGCCGACGCGAUAGCCCUUUGUGUGCAGGCCGAGCCAGAGUUCCGGCCGCCUAUGUCCGAGGUCGUCCAGUCGCUGGUCCGUCUCGUGCAGCGGGCGAACAUGACGAGGAUGUCCAGCAGCGAGAGCUACACCCGGCGCGACGGCGAAUCUGGCGACUACGCGGUAUAG